AUGAAAUCUAACCCUUCAACCCACGCUUCAAACAGCCCGAAAAGACCCAAAACUUCGAUCCAGAAGGCGACCGUGAUUAAGUUCGCGGAAGUGAACCCCAAGCAGACCAACAACAAUAUCGAGCAAGGGACUCUCAAUAAAAUUGAAAAAUGCCUAAGUCGUGCCAGUCACCCAUCCGCAAAUGAAGCAGAAGCGAAAGCCGCCCUGUUCCUGGCCCAUAGGCUGAUGGCCCAGUACAACGUCACGCACGCAGAUCUGAUCGCCAAUGACGGCGUCGCGGACAAAGCGCAGUAUGGAGGCCGGAGUGUGGUUUCGAUCCAAAACGCCAUCGAUCGCACCAAGCGAGCUAGAAAAGAGACGUUCGUCUACAAAUUAGCCGGGGCAUUGUGUACCCUUUAUGAUUGCAAAUGCUAUUCGAUGGAUAAGCACACCUCCAUUGAGUGGUCGUUUUUUGGCAUUGCGGCAAACACUGUCACGGCAGCAGGGGCCUUCGAAGCGGUGCAUAACAAGACGCUCCAAUGGGCAUGUGCGUACAAGGGAGGGACGCCCACUUUCAGCUAUCGCAUUGGCCUUGCGGAUGGGCUGAUGAAUAUGGCGUAUCGGACCAAGAGGAGAGAGCUGGUUGAGGUUCAGCGAAAGGAACUGGAUAUGAUCGCUGCCAGCGAUCGAGAGAAAGAACGACAGCAAAAGAAUGGACUGGAUCGUAUUCAAAUGUUGCUGCCGCUAGAAGUCGAUGAUGAUGAUUUUACGGACAAUGACUCUGCGCCAGUUAUUGAAAAUCCCUCAGACAGCAUGGAUGUCGACGAGGCCGGGCACACCAGGGAUGUGGGUGGAAGAGCCGAUUUCAAUGAACAUGAUGUCGAUCUGAUAGACCUGGCAGGGGACGUGGACGACAAUUUGGAGAGAUUGGUUAAACGAGAACAGGCAGAGACCUUGAAUAUGGGCAACGUUCUUCAACAUCCGGUACAAUCUGAGCCUUCGGGUACGGCUAUCAAGGACGAAGAUUUCUCGGCUUCUCCAUGGGCCUCGGAGAUGCAGCUGGUCCAAUUCCGUGCCAUGUCCGAACAAAUUGCAGAAGACUAUAUUAAGAAGCGAAAUAUCAAGCUUCAGACGAGAAAGUCUCGACCUGUCGCAGUUCGACACUUUGACUCUUAUCGUCAAGGCUGGAAGGACAGCAGCAAGAUUAAUAUUCCACUUCCCCCUACUGUGGCUUGA